AUGUGGGUCUCCAAAUCAUCGCCGAACAUGAGAUUUCGACUUGAAAGUCAUGGUUGCACCAGAGAGCGUGUCAGUACAUCUGUGGUUGGUGAGGUUGGACUUGAACAGCCUGACGAAUGGUUUGUUGAGCUAGAAGUCUAUGAGGCCAGCUAUGGGAAGGCUGACCCCAAUGACAUUGUCUAUGAGGAGGUGGUGAAUGUGCGCACUGGCAAAGCAGGCUGGUUGAAACGCAUUGGCCGCAACUUCAAGUCUGUCAUCCGUGAAGCACAACUCACAGAUGACGUUACCAUCGAUCCAAAUCGAGAUGUGGCUGGAAUGAUGCAUGCUGCUGCUCGGGCAAAUGUGCUCAACCGACCGAAGGUCUCUUGA